AUGUCCCAGUCGUCCGGAAAGGUCAAGGCCGUCGCCCUUUGGAGCAAGAACAAGGAUGAUUUGACCAAGCAACUUGGUGAGCUCAAGACCGAGCUCGGUCAGCUCCGCAUCCAGAAGAUCGCCUCUUCCGGCAGCAAGCUGAACAAGAUCCACGACAUCCGCAAGUCGAUCGCUCGCGUCCUUACCGUCAUCAACUCCAAGCAACGCGCCCAGCUCCGCCUGUUCUACAAGAACAAGAAGUACGCUCCCCUCGACCUCCGCGCGAAGCAGACCCGUGCCAUCCGCCGGAGAUUGUCCGAGAAGGAGGCCAGCGCUGUCACCGACAAGGCCAAGAAGCGCACCACCCACUUCCCCCAGCGCAAGUUCGCCGUCAAGGUCAGUAGAGUCGGAAUAUCUGCCAUUCGAAUGGAGGCUAGGGAGCCAUGA